AUGUUGCUAAAUAAUUUGCAGACUUUGUCGGACCAGCCGAUAACUGUCAGUUACAAAAAAGAUGAUGUCGCUGCCACUGACAACCUUUUCUUUGGUUACAACGAAGACGCUGCCACUGCCGCUGCUGACAAACUUUUCUUUGGUCACAAUCAAAACGUUGUCACUGCUGCUGACAACAUUUUCUUUGGUUACAACCAUGAGGCUGCUGUUGGCAAUCAACUCCUCAAAGACCCAACCCAAGUAGUUUUCUUCUUGGAGAAGGAUGUGCGACCUGGCACAACCAUGAAAUAUAGCUUAGCCAGAAAUUCAACUAGGGCAACUUUCCUACACCGCAAAACUGCGGAAUCGAUCCCCUUCUCAUCUACCAAACUGCCAGACAUUCUCAACCAAUUGUCAGUGAAACCAGGGUCCGUGGAAGCCAACAUAAUGACGGAAACCGUUCAAGCUUGUGAAAGACCAAUCCUUAGAGGAGAAGAAAGAUAUUGCGCCACCUCUUUGGAGUCGAUGGUUGACUUCACCACCUCCAAGCUGGGAAGAAAUAUUCAAGCAAUCUCAGCAGAGGUCGAAAGGAAGGGAGCAACCAUGCUGCAGAAGUAUACAAUAAAGCCUGGUGUGAAGAAGCUGGCAGGCAAAAGACUCAUUGUGUGUCAUAAGCUGAGCUACCCAUAG